UGCACACACUCUCUGCAGGCACGCUCAUGCUGCUGGGAUUCCAAACAUGGCAACGAUGAGAAACUUUGUUUUAAUUUGCACCCUGGCAGCCCUGUCAGCAGCUGAGGCAGGAUUAUUGAGAGAAAAAAGAGGGCAUACUUUUCCUCUCUUUUCUUCCUCCCACUCAACAUCGUCCUCUUCGUCUUCGUCUUCAUACUCCUCCUCCUUUGAAAGUGCAGGUAGGAUCUGUCUUAAUGGAGGCAGCUCUGUCCCGUCCCUGACUUCUGGUGAACACAUGUUCUGUUUGUGUGCCGAAGGUUUUGAGGGGAGACAAUGUGAAAAAGUGAAAGCCGGUCAGUGCUUCGAGGGGGUGGGUCUGUACUACAGAGGAACCGUGGCCAAAUCAAAGAGCGGACGCACAUGUGAGGAGUGGGAUUCAGACACCAGGGAGCUCUACCUGUCAAUAGAUCUCAAGUCAGGGAGGCACAACUACUGCAGGAAUCUGCACUACAAGCGGCGUCCGUGGUGUUUUGUGUGGAAGAACCUGCAGCUGGUGUGGGAGUACUGUGCUGUCCCCCGCUGUAGCUCUGACUCAUUCCCAGAUCCACCCACUGCACCCACUGAGCCUGAGCCAGCUGCAGAGUCCACAUGUGGCCAGCGCUCCAGGAGAAAGCAGACGAAGAUCGUGGGAGGAACAGUUGCCACCGUGGAAUCCCACCCGUGGGUUGCUGCCAUAUUUUGGCGCAGCAAGUCCAAGGAGAAGGUUUUCCGCUGCGGGGGGAGUCUGAUCUCAGCCUGCUGGGUGCUCACAGCUGCUCACUGCUUCCCCGACGGCUCCCUAACCAAAGCGAGGCGCUUCUCUGUCAUCCUGGGGAAAAAUAUGAUGAAUGAGAGCGACCCGACAGUGGAGCAAACAUUCAGGGUGGAGGAAAUCAUCCUCCAUGACGGGUUUGUCCAAAAUGGAGAGAGUUUUAACAACGACAUCGCUCUGCUGAAGCUGAGGGCCAGGAGUGGGCAGUGUGCAGAGGAGAGCAGCUCAGUGAAGAGCGUGUGUCUGCCGCCGCCUCAGCAGAACCUCCAGCCUGGAGUCUCCUGUGAGAUUGCUGGAUAUGGGAAAGAGAAAUUUGGCUUGUGGUAUAAGUCUCAGUUUCUCAUAGAGGCUCAGGUGAACCUCAUCGCCGACGAUGUGUGUCGCAACUAUUAUGGGAACAUGAUCAGUGAUAACAUGUUUUGUGCGGGACGUCCCGACUGGAGCCAGGAUGCCUGUGAGGGAGACUCGGGGGGGCCUCUGGUGUGCGAGGUUGGCAGCACGCUCUUCCUGUUUGGAGUCAUCAGCUGGGGCGACGGCUGCGCACAGGAGAAUCGACCCGGCGUUUACACCACAGUGACCAACUACAACCAAUGGAUAGAAGAGAAGACGGGGCUGACCUCCAUCACUGCUGGCUCCAUGUUUCCUCAGAAAUGAAGACUAUUAUUAACUGUUAUUACUGCUGCUGUUUUCUAAUUUUCUUGGUGGUCUUUAAGGAUUCUUGCAGUAUUUCAUAUGUUUCCCAUUAAUAGAACCAAACCAACAAUUCAUUCAUUUGACUAGCUACUAUGGUUGAACUAAAGCCUUAGUUUUCUUAUUCCUCUGCGCAAUAGAGUGGUUUAGUAAUGAAUCAUAAAUCCUGGGAAAUCCUUUUUUUGGGAAGCUGUGGCAAGAAGCAAUAAGGUCUGUGGUUAACGUCUUGAUGUACGAAAUCUAAUAUGUCAGUAAAUACCCCACUUGGGAAUAUCCGAAGCUUAUAUGUGACAUGAAAACGGCGGUUGCUAACAACUUCAAGUGACUAAUUUAUACUGCUAAACGUCAUUAUGUGGAACAGUAGCCGUCUUUAGCUUAGCGGUGGGGGACACGCAGCCAUGCAACUCAGGUGUAGUUCAUUUAUAGCAUUACAUUAGCCUAAAGUUGUGUAGAGUUGGAAAUCCCAUUGGAUUUUUAAUCAAGGCAGCACAUGCAAUGGUAACUUCCGGGUUGGCUGCAAACAUAUGUCAUCAUAGCAGCACUCCAUUGUUGUUCCAAAACUAUUAACAACACUAAACACUCCCACAUUUUUUCAUGUUCAAAAUUAUAUAUGACCUAAAAUUGUCUCAAUCGCGUUACCAUACCGACCCCUACGUUAUCCGAAUAUGUUAAAUAUCCACCAAACGCCUUUAAAGAGUUGAUUGAACACUUAGAGCCACUGUACAUGCACACGUCAUCAUCCAUAAUGGCAUCUGAUUAGCUUGUUUACUUCCAGCACAAAGCACUUAGGGAGACCAGGGACAGUUGUAACACGGGACAGUUGUAACGCCUUCAAUAUCUCCAAUCACAAACAAGCUAGAGUGAUGAAACUCACUCUGCACAUGCUCAGUUAGAGCCACGUUUAAAUCUGUCGCGAAAGGUAUCAGCAAAAGUGUGUUUCUGAGGUAAAACAUUAUCAAAAAUUAUAUGAUGUAUUUUUUGGAUACUGUCUUGAGGUCAAAUGUCUAGGAAUCCAAACUAGUAUUAUUAGAAUCACUGUUUUGUAAGCUAAACAUAUAACUAGCUAAAUAUGAGUCAAGCUAGCAAUCAGGGAGGUUCACAGGGGGUGAAAACAUGACUGGUGGUCCUGGGACGGUUGUAACACGGACCACCUGGGACGGUUGUAACACGGACCACCUGGGACGGUUGUAACAUGGCACAUUUACAAUGAUGGCUCAUUUGCUCGAAUGAUCAAUAUUGUUGAUUGGUGUGCAUUGUCCCUGUAAAAAUAAAAAUAAUCAAAUACUGUA